AAUUUUUUUCUUGCCAAUAUUGCCAUUACUGAAAAUCAUUUUUUCCCUUGUGCCCUCGGAAAACACUGUUCAUCGCCUUCUUCUUUGGAUUUGGCCACCGCGAAGCUCGGCCGGCGGGCGGCGCUCAGCCGCGAGCCAGAUCUGGCCGCCGGGAACCCUCGCCUGAGGUCGCGAGAGGGUCGCUGGCUCAUUACCUCGAACAGUUCUCCGACGAAACAGAGAGAGACGGAGAAGACGCCGCCAUGGAUCUCGCUGCUCUCCUUCUUCCCGCUCUGAUCCCUUCGUGGAGCUCCGUCGUCCUGCUGGGGACGUUCUUCGCUUACUUGGCCGCCGCCGGCUCGAUCCUCCCCGGGAAGGUCGUCCCCGGCGCGGCGCUGCCGGACGGCUCUCGGCUCCGCUAUCGCUGCAAUGGUUCGGUGUCUCUUCUUCUCCUGGUCGCUUUGCUCGGCCUCGGUGCUUGGAUGGACUUCCUCCGACCCACCAUAAUAGCAGAAAGGGGACUUGAGCUGCUGUCGAUGACUUUUACAUUCAGCACUCUUGUUACGUUAGUACUCUACGCUGCUGGGUGCAAUUCGACUAGUGACAGUUCCUCCCUAAAGCCUCACCUGUCAGGAAACCUCAUUCAUGACUUGUGGUUUGGAAUACAGCUGAAUCCUCAAUUUAUUGGGAUAGACCUCAAGUUUUUCUUUGUACGAGCAGGUAUGAUGGGAUGGCUUCUUAUCAAUUUGUCAGUUCUAGCUAGAAGUGUCCAAGAUGGCAACUUGAGCCUAUCAAUGAUCCUUUAUCAACUAUUCUGUGUGUUAUAUAUCCUGGACUACUUUGUGUAUGAGGAGUAUAUGACUUCCACGUGGGACAUUAUUGCCGAGAGAUUGGGCUUCAUGUUGGUAUUUGGAGAUGUAGUGUGGAUUCCCUUCACAUUUAGCAUUCAGGGUUGGUGGCUAUUGAGAAAUAACGUAGAGUUAACAACAACUGCUGCCAUUGCUAAUUGUUUCGUAUUUCUGAUUGGAUAUAUGGUGUUCCGAGGAGCUAACAAGCAAAAGCAUGUGUUCAAAAGGAGUCCCAAAGCACUUAUAUGGGGUCAACCUCCAAAAGUUGUAGGGGGGAAGUUGCUUGCUUCUGGUUAUUGGGGAAUUGCGAGGCACUGUAACUACCUUGGCGACUUGCUGCUGGCACUGUCCUUCAGCUUGCCUUGUGGACUAAGUUCACCAGUACCUUAUUUCUACCCAAUCUAUCUCCUGAUUCUGCUGAUAUGGAGAGAGAGAAGAGACGAAGCUCGUUGUGCAGAAAAGUACAGAGAGAUUUGGGCGGAAUACUGCAGGCUAGUUCCUUGGAGGAUAUUUCCCUAUUUCUAUUAGAUGUACACAGUAGCUCAUCUGGUGAUGUUAGAUCGUCCUACUUUCAUAAGAAAAAUCCAGAGUGGGAGAUUUUUUUUGACCGGAGUGGGAGAUUGAGGGGUCAUUUGUAUCCUGUACUUGUUUUCUUCAACUAACAAGUUGUAAUUUCUUUGGAGGGUGAUAGUACUUUCUCCUUAGUUCUUUUCUUAUUUGAAAAAGAGAAAUUUUGGGAGACCCUAGUACUAGUAGGGUGGUGUUCUCUUUACCAUGAUGAACUUUCUGGGCAAAGCCCAGAUUUGGUCUUUCUGAUGCUUUUGCGGUUCGAUUUUUUCCCGGUGAUGUGAUGUCGAGUACAUUUGAUUUGCGAUGAA